AUGGGGGCGAUGAAUAUCAUUAUUCAAUCCAAAUCACCCUUGUUGAAUCCCGACCGAAACCCAAUCGUACGAGGCGUCAUCCGUGCACUGGUAUACGACCAUUUCUGUGCUGGGGCAACCGUCUCAGAAGUGAAGAAGACUAUCACCGAGAUCAAAGCAGCGGGCUAUGCCGGGGUGAUCCUUGGGUAUGGUCGAGAGAUUGUGGUGGAUGCGAGGGACGCUUCUUCCGCACAGUCAAAAGGCCCAAUCGAGUCAGAUUCUCCGACUCAGCAAGACGAGCAUAUCGCUCAAUGGUUCGAGGGCAAUCGAGCCACAUUGGCCAUGAUCGGUGCCAACGACUACAUGAACAUCAAGUUCACAGGCGCCGGUCCUAAUGUCAGCAAGUGCCUUGCUUCGGGAGCCGAACCACCAGAACAAUUGCGCCAGGCUAUGGAUGCAUUAUGUACGCAAGCGGCAUCACAGAAAAGCCAGAUCUGGAUCGACGCAGAGCAGCAGAUUUUUCAACCAACAAUCGAUACCUGGACGCUGAAUCUGAUGAGAAAAUACAAUCGAAACCAUCAGGCCUUGGUUUGGACGACUAUCCAAACCUACCUUAAAUCCUCACGUCAGACAGUCGGACGCUUUUUGCAAUAUGCCAGCGAAGAGGGCUGGACUCUGGGUAUCAAGCAGGUCCGUGGCGCAUAUAUUGCAAGUGAAAUGCGUGACAGGAUAUGGGAUACAAAAGAGCAAACAGAUGAGUCCUAUAACGGCAUUGCCAGGGACCUACUCAGGAAAGAGACUGGACAGGGUGUGUUGUUUCCGGGGUUUACCGCCUCCGAAUUCCCUGAUCUACGGCUCUUUCUCGCAGGGCAUAACAAGGACUCCGUCCGUAUGGCCACAUCUCUGGUCACCGAGCUCGUUCAAGCAGGCCGACAAGUGCCGCCGAUUCAGUACGGGCAACUUCAGGGGAUGGCGGACGACAUCAGUUGUGAUCUUGUACAACAGUAUGAGGACAUUUCGCGGGAUGCGAGCGAGCACAAGGGAGAGGAAUCGUAUGAGCUCAAGCUUCGUACAGCUCCACUGGCUUACAAGUGUCUCUGUUGGGGAUCCGUUACCGAGGUGUUGAAUUUCCUCAUGCGUCGGGCAGUGGAAAAUGCUAGUGCGGCUGAGAGGCUGAAGGAUGGUAUGGUCGAGUUGAGAAAGGAGUUGAAGAGAAGGAUGCUGUUCAAGACGACAUGA